AUGUAUCGCAGACCGGGCGACCAUAGUCCCCAGCGCCGGAGUUCCAGCGAACAUUUGAAAUAUCGCUUUCGCCAGGGUGCCAGGCGAAAGGAGGUUACAGAAACUCCCCCGUCUGAACUUUCGGGAGCCCUUUUGGUCAAGGAUGUAGACUUUCACGUUACCGAGAAUUGCAAGAACCACCAUACCGAUCAGUUCCAUAUCGUAGAGAAUGGAACUUUGGUAAUUCGUCGAGGCCAACCUUUCAUGGUAACUCUUUCAUUCAACGAGGAAUUCGACGCGUCGAAGCAUGAACUGAAAUUCAUGUUUCUUAUUGGCGAGGAUCCUUUGCCAUCCCAGAAAUCUGAUAUUCGUUUCGGUUUGACCGACAAAUGGUACCCAGAAGAAUGGGGAGCAAAAUUAAUGACCCAGAAAGGCAACCGCAUUACGGUGUACAUCCACCCGGGCUGCGAUGCUGUCAUUGGCGAAUAUGACUUCCUGUUGGAGAUUGCCACCAAGGGAUUAAAGGGGAAUUACGUUUACGACCACCCGGAUCCUGUCUAUCUGCUUUUCAAUCCUUGGUGCAAAUCUGAUCAAGUGUUCAUGGAGGACAAAUCUCUGCUGGACGAAUACGUCUUGAAUGACAGCGGCUAUAUCUAUCAAGGCAGCGGAACUUCUCAAAUCUUGGCCAAACCAUGGAACUACGGACAGUUUGACGAAGGGAUCCUGGACAUCAGUAUGUUUAUCCUGCGUCAGGGAUUUUCGGAAGUCGGCCACCAGAUGAGUGACCCAGUCCGGGUGUCACGUGCCAUUUCCCAAAUGACAUCCACGAAAACAUCUUUGUCAGCGUAUCAUCUGUCAGAUGAAGGCGGCUUUUGGGACAUAAAAUCAUAUUGUCACCGCGUUAUCUGUCAGAUGGAAACGCGUGACUACAGCGACUUCGUGCCGCGACCAACCGUCUGUUCUGUGGGCCUGAGGAAAGCACCUCUUAGUUGA